AUGGCGAACAACGCCGACGUCGAGAAAGACCACGCCGGUAGCGACUCUAUCAACGGGCGAUAUGACCUCCACCACGACCAUCACGACAGUGAGAGUGCUCUGAGGAGGAUCCGGACGGCGGGAAGCAUCUCGAUCACCCCGGAGCUCUUUGAGAAGAUCUAUCUCUCACCCAAAAACCGAGUCUCUAAUAACAUCCGGUCGACCUUCGGCAAUCCAACUCCUCUUGCUCUGGUCGGGUUUCUGUUGUCCCUGACACCGCUGUCCAACGUCCUGUUGGGUUGGCGAGGUGCUGGCGGGCUGGGUGCCGCUGAAGUCGGUGUCUACUACUUCUUCGGAGGCCUUCUCAUGCUUCUCGGGGCACUACUCGAAUUCAUCCUGGGCAACACCUUUCCUUUCGUGGUGUUUGGCUCAUUCGGCGCCUUCUGGUUGUCAUUCGGGGCCACCCUGACUCCUUACUUCAACGCCUCUAUCGCCUAUGACCCUACCAACCCAGCCGCGUCGGCCACGAAUCCUGUCUUCGCCGCUACGUUUGCCUACUUCCACGUCUACAUGGGAUUGCUUUGCUUUGUCUACAUGAUUGUGGCCAUUCGAACCAACAUUGUCUUCGUCCUGAUCUUCCUCCUGCUCGUACCCGCCUUUGGCUGCCUGGCCGGGUUCUUCUUUGGCCUGGGUGAAGGGGUGGUCCACAUGACACUUCAACAUGCAGCGGGUGGAUUGACCUUCGUCGUGUCCCUGUUGGGAUGGUACCUCUUCUUCGUGCAACUGCUGGCCUCCGUCGACUUUCCUCUCAAUCUUCCGGUCGGCGACUUGAGCACAUUCGUCCGGGGCGCGAGCGAAAGAGCCAACAAGAGCGAAUAG